AUGCGGAUGCAGCGGGGCUGCCGCCGCGCUGCCGCCGCCGCCUCCUCGGCCCCGCAGCGAAGCGCCGGGCAGCUCGGGAACCUGGCCCUGGAGCAGCUCUGCUCCGCUGUGUGGUUAAUAACAAUACUUGUAGUGGAAGGGAUUGCUGUGGCCCAAAAGACCCAAGAUGGACAAAAUAUUGGAAUCAAGCACAUUCCUGCAACCCAGCGUGGCCUUUGGGCUCGAACCAGAAAUGGAGGUCAUUUUGCUUCACCAAAUUAUCUUGACUCAUAUCCACCAAACAAGGAACGUAUCUCCAUUUUGGAAGCUGCUCCCCGUCAAAAAACACAGCUGACCUUUGAAUGUCGGUUUGAUCACUUGGAAGUUCGAGACGGGCCCUUUGGUUUCUCUCCACAUGUAGAUCGUUACUGUGGUGUGAAAAGCCCUCCAUUAAUGAGAUCAACAGGGAGAUUCAUGUGGAUUAAGUUCAGUUCUGAUGAAGAACUUGAAGGACUGGGAUUUCUAGCAAAAUAUUCGUUUAUUCCAGAUCCAGACUUUACUUACCUAGGAGGUUGCCAGUUUGAGCUGUCAGGAGCCGACGGAAUAGUACGUUCGAGUCAGGUAGAACAAGGGGAGAAAACAAAACCCGGCCAAGCAGUUGAUUGCAAUUGGACGAGUAAAGCUACUCCAAAAGAUAAGAUUUAUUUGAGGUUCCUAGAUUAUCAAAUGGAGCACUCAAAUGAAUGCAAGAGAAACUUUGUUGCAGUCUACGAUGGGAGCAGUUCUAUUGAAAAUCUGAAGGCCAAGUUUUGCAGCACCGUGGCCCAUGACGUAAUGCUUAAAACAGGAGUUGGGGUGAUACGGAUGUGGGCUGAUGAAGGUAGUCGGCUUAGCACGUUCAGAAGGCUUUUUACUUCCUUUGUGGAGCCUCCCUGCACAGACAGCACUUUCUUCUGCCAUAGCAACACGUGCGUCAAUAAUUCUUUAGUAGGUAAUGGGGUUGAAAACUGUGCAUACCCUUGGGAUGAAAAUCAUUGUAAAGAAAAGAAAAAAGCAGGACUGUUUGAACAAAUCGUUAAAACUCACGGAACAAUUGUUGGCAUUGCGUCAGGGAUUGUCUUGGUCCUUCUCAUUAUUUCUAUUUUAGUCCAAGUGAGACAGCCUCGAAAAAAGGUCAUGGCUUGCAACAUUGCUUUUAAUAAAACUGGAUUUCAAGAAGAGUUUGAUCCUCCUCAUUAUGAACUGUUUUCACCGAGAGACAAGGAGAUGUCUGCAGCGUCAGAGGAACUGGACAGCUACCAGAAGACGCGGAGCUCCUCCACUGCGUCGCCGGGCAUCCACGACCGUCACUGUGGAUCUCAAGCACCCAGCCUCAAGCAAAGCAGGACCAACCUGAGUUCCAUGGAACUUCCCUUCCGAAAUGGUUUUGCACAACCGCAGCCAAUGAAAACAUUUAAUAGCAUCUUCAAAAAGAGAAGCUACUCUUUCAAGCAGGCGCAUGAGUGCUCUGAACAGGCCCUCGGAGACAGAGUAAUGGAAGAGAUUCCCUGUGAAAUUGUCAGAGGGAGGGAAGAUUCUGCACAAGCAUCCAUAGCCAUCGAU